UUGAGACUCGGGGCAUCGUUGAAGGUCUGGUUGAUGUUGUUGGGGCAGAGGAAGAUGGCGGCUCGCUGGAGUAGUGAGAAUGUCGUGGUGGAAUUCCGAGAUGCACAGGCCACUGCUAUGUCCGUGGACUGCCUGGGUCGACAUGCUGUCCUGUCUGGACGGAGGUUUCUGUAUGUGGUGAACCUGGAGACUCCUUCUGAAGCGCCCAGGAAGAUUGGUAGACCGAGCAAGUGGGACGUGGGGACAGUUCAGUGGAACCCUCACAAGGCGGAGUCCCACGUCUUCGCUGCCUCUAGUAACCAGCGGGUGGACCUGUACACAUGGCGGGAUGGCUGUGGGGAAGUCCACGCGUCCCUGCAGGGACACACACGAGUCAUCAGUGACUUGGACUGGUCCUGGUUUGAACCAGAGUAUCUGGUCACCAGCUCUGUAGACACCUACAUCUGUAUCUGGGACACCAGAGACACAAGGAAACCUACAGUGACAUUGUCUGCAGUGGCGGGGGCAUCCCAGGUGAAGUGGAACAAGCGUAAUCAGAACCUUCUGGCCUCCAGUCAUGAUGGAGACGUUCGCAUCUGGGACAAGAGGAAACCCAACACAGCUGUGGAGUAUGUUGCAGCUCACCUGUCAAAGAUCCAUGGUCUGGACUGGCACCCUGACAACGAAUACAUCCUGGCAACGUCCAGUCAGGACAACUCAGUCAGGUUCUGGGACUACAGACAGCCAAGGAAGUAUCUGAACAUCCUGUCCUGUCAGGUUCCAGUGUGGAAGGCCAGAUAUACACCCUUCUCCAAUGGCCUGGUUACGGUGAUGGUUCCCCAGCUGAGACGGGAGAACAGCUUGUUGCUAUGGAGCACUCUGGACCUCAACAGCCCCGUUCACGCCUUCGUGGGACACGACGAUGUGGUGCUGGAGUUCCAGUGGCGUCCGCAGACAGAGGGUAACACCCCAUUCUAGAAUAUAAGAUACUAU